AUGGGCCUAUCAAGUCUUCCAGCACCAUCUGAAGGAGUGUUGUGCAUAAUUUUAGUAAACACUGCCAUGUCAAUAUCCAUAUUCAAAGGGAUUAUUAAAACUAUCCUACAUAUAAUUGGUAUCAUUGCUUCACCACCAUCCUCCUCAACUUCAGAUGAUUCAUUUGAGUUCCAUCUAAGUCCUUCAGAUGAUUUCAUCGAAGAGUUCAGAAGCAUGACACCAACACUUAGGUUUGAGAGUGUGUGUAGUAGCUGCAAAGAGCCUGAACAUGAUUGUUCAGUGUGUCUCACUCAAUUUGAACCAGAAUCAGAGAUAAACUACUGUUUAUCUUGUGGACAUCUUUUCCAUAAAGUUUGUUUGGAGAAGUGGUUGGACUAUUGGAACAUUACUUGUCCACUUUGUAGGACUCCUUUGAUUCCUGAAGAUGAUGCCGCAUCUUGCUUUUCAUGA